AUGGGGCAGCGGGGAGCUGGGAGGCGGGAGCUGCCGUCGCGGAGCCCCGCCGGGAGCAUGGCCCUCGCCGCGUCGCUGCUGCCGCCGCCGCCGCUGCUGCUGCUGCUGUUGUGGCGGCCGGGGCUGGCGGCGCCGGGGCAGGGUGCGGGCACCUGGUCCCGUUUCGCCCGGCUGCCCUACCCGCAGGACCAGCUCUUCCUCCACGACACCUUCCCCGACGGCUUCCUCUGGGGCGCGGGCAGCGCCGCCUACCAGACGGAGGGCGGCUGGCGACAGGGCGGCAAGGGCGCGUCCGUCUGGGACACCUUCGUUCACCGCCCGGCCACGCCGCCGGGGGCCGCCCCGCCGGGGCCCCUGGGCGGCGACGUGGCCAGCGACAGCUACAACAACCUGUUCCGCGACGUCGAGGGGCUGCGGCGCCUGGGGGUCUCGCACUACCGCUUCUCGCUGUCCUGGGCCCGGCUGCUGCCCAACGGGACGGCGCCGCCCAACCCCGCCGGGCUGGCGCACUACGGGCGGCUGCUGGCCCGCCUGCGGGAGCUGGGCGUCGAGCCCGUGGUCACCCUCUACCACUGGGACCUGCCGCAGGCCCUGCAGGACUCCCUCGGCGGCUGGGCCAGCCCCGUCCUGCCCCGGCUCUUCCGCGACUACGCCGAGCUGUGCUUCAGGCACUUCGGCGGGCAGGUGCGCUACUGGCUGACCAUGGACAACCCCUACGUGGUGGCCUGGCACGGCUACGGCACGGGGCGGCUGCCGCCCGGCGUUCGGGGAGGCCCGCGCCUGGGCUACCUGGCGGCCCACCACCUGCUGCAGGCCCAUGCUAAGGUCUGGCAUCUCUACAAUGACCAUUUCCGUCCAGCUCAAAGAGGAAAAGUGUCCAUUGCCCUUAGCUCCCACUGGAUUAAACCCCAGCAUAUGACUGAAAAGAACAUAAAAGAAUGCCAAAAAUCUCUUGAUUUUGUGCUUGGCUGGUUUGCUAAGCCCAUAUUUAUUGAUGGUGACUAUCCAGAGAGCAUGAGGAGCAACCUCUCAUCUCUGUUGCCCGAAUUCAGUGAGGCUGAGAAGAAGUAUGUCAAGGGAACAGCAGACUUUUUUGCUCUUUCUUUUGGAGCUACCCUGAGUUUCCAGCUUUUGGACUCCCACAUGAAAUUCCAGCAGUUGGAAUCAAUAAGCCUGAGGCAGCUCCUUUACUGGAUAAACAGUGAAUAUAACAACCCCCAAAUAUUCAUUGUGGAGAACAGCUGGUUCGUUUCUGGUACGACCAAGAAAGAUGAUGCCAAAUAUAUUUACUAUCUCAAAAAGUUCAUUAUGGAAACUUUAAAAGCUAUCCGGUACGACGGAGUUAACGUGUUUGGCUACACAGUCUGGUCCCUCCUGGAUGGCUUUGAGUGGCAUAGAGGGUACAGCAUUCGACGUGGACUGUUUUAUGUUGAUUUUCAAAGCCAUGACAAGAAGUUGAUGCCCAAAUCUUCUGUCUUGUUCUAUCAAAAGCUGAUAGAAAAAAAUGGCUUCCCACCUUUGCCUGAAAACCAGCCCAUAGAAGGUAUUUUUCCCUGUGGCUUUGCUUGGGGAAUUGUUGACAACUACAUUCAGGUAGACACGACACCCGCCCAGUUCCUUGAUUCCAGUGUUUAUUUGUGGGAUGUUCACCAGUCAAAGAAGCUCAUUAAAGUGGAUGGAGUUUACGCCUCGAAGCGCAAGCGUCACUGUGUUGACUUUGCUGCUAUCAGGCUCCAGAUCUCUCUUCUGCAAGAAAUGCAUGUCACACACUUCCAUUUUUCACUGAAAUGGUCUUUAAUCCUUCCUUUAGGUAACCUUUCUCUAAUCAACCACACACUUGUACAUUACUAUCAGUGUUUUGCUAGUGAACUUCUCAGGGUUAACAUAACUCCUGUUGUUGCUUUAUGGCAACCUAUGAUUGAGAAUCAAGAGCUUCCAGUUUCUCUUGCCAAAUAUGGAGCUUGGGAAAACACAGAAAUUGUUCAAGCUUUUGUUGAGUAUGCCAGAUUCUGCUUUACAAGUCUUGGGGACCAUGUCAAAUUUUGGAUCACCAUGAAUGAACCGUCUGUGAAAAACCUGACAUACACAGCAGGGCACAACCUGUUGAAAGCCCAUGCAAAAGUCUGGCAUCUUUAUGACAAAGAAUUCAGGAGAUCUCAGAAGGGCAAAAUAUCUAUAGCUUUGCAAGCUGACUGGGUAGAACCAGCUUGUCCCUUUUCCAGGAAUGACCAAGAAGUUGCUGACAGAAUUUUAGAGUUUGACAUUGGCUGGCUUGCAGAGCCCAUCUUUGGGAAUGGAGACUACCCAGAGGUGAUGAGAGCAUGGCUUCACCGAAUAAACAGUGUUGACCUGUAUAAUUUCCACUUGCCUUACUUCUCAGAAGAUGAGAAAAAGUUAAUACAGGGCUCAUUUGAUUUUUUUGCCUUGAGUCACUACACUACUACCCUUGUGGGUUCGGAGAAAGAAGAUGCAGUAAAAUAUGACCACUACCUUGAAGUUCAAAUGAUCAAUGACAUCACAUGGCUUCACUCUCCCAGCAGAGCUGCAGUAGUGCCCUGGGGACUGCGUAAAUUACUCAAGUGGGUGAAAUCAAAGUAUGGCGAUGUCCCAAUUUAUGUUAUGGCUAAUGGGAUUGACGAUGACCAGAAUAUGGUGCAUGAUAAGCUCAGAGUGUAUUACAUAAAGAAUUACAUCAAUGAGGCUUUAAAAGCUUACACCUUGGAUGACAUUAACCUUCAAGGAUAUUUUGUCUAUUCUUUUAAUGACAAGACUGCUCCUAAGUAUGGUCUCUACAGCUACAUUGCAAAUCAGUAUGAACCAAAGCCUUCUCUGAAGCAGUACAGAGAAAUAAUUGGAAAUAAUGGUUUUCCUGGUCCAGAAACUCCUGAGUUGCUGUGUCCGGAAGAGGUUGCCUCUUGUCCCGAAUGCCACUUCUUCCGAACGAGAAAAUCGUUAUUAGCCUUUAUCUCUUUUGUAUUUGUUGCUUUUAUUGUUACUAUAUUCUUCAUUACUUACUACUCCAAGAGGGUAGAAAGAAGGUAUAAAUAGAGCUUCUCCUUUGAAUACAUCACUUGCUGUCCUUUUUCUUGCAUCCCCUUGGGAAAUCUGAAAUAAAAAUGCACAAUGCUGUGAUUGUUUCAGCAUUAGGAAGGCAUUUACAUUGCUUGAUACUGCAGGAUGUUGACACCGAGAAGCUAUUGCUUGCAUAGGGCUUCCAGAAAUAAUUUUCCCUGUUACAGUACCUUUGGUUUAUAACCAGUCCUUGAUUCCUGUGGUUGGAGUUGUCUCACAAGUUUCCAUGGAACCUUUUGUUAAGCAGAUGCUUUCCCCUUCUUGGAUUUCCCUUGCUGAGCUAUACAGGUGAAAGUAGGUUUUGAAAACAUGGUGUGAUGCAAGAGCCUAAAUGUCAGCUUCUCCAACUGAGGUGAAACAAGAAUUUACUUUUCCAAAUUAGGGUUUAACACUGGUGUUUCUUAACCAGAGCUAGAACCUAACUGGAGCAGGGAUCAUGACUGAGAAGAAAGAUGGAGGACAACCACAAAAAGCAGUGCCAGGGGAAAGAAUAAUCCCCUUCCUAAAGCAGAUGCUGGAGGAAGAACAGGGGGAAAUGAGUCUGUACUGCUGUGAGCUCUUGGUAAAUCAGUAACUGGUAUUGUGGCUACAUCUGAGUUCAGGAUGCCAUUGGGGAACUUCAGUUAAAGGAACUGUGUCUUUCUUAGCGGGUAAGAAGCAGGAAUAUAUCCAGGGAUUGCAGGGGUCAUACUGGGUCAUCUACUGGGAAGAGAUGGGAAGGGUGAAAGGGCUUCUCUUUGUUGCACUCAGAAAAAAAAGGCAAAGAACAGGAACUGGGAUGUCUUCACUGUUGGCAGAAAGCUGUGUGCCUGACCUCAUGCCUCUUUCCCUGUACCCAGGGACAUGGCACAGCUGGGACACCCCAUUUCUGCACUUCUCACAGCCAGUUGAAGUCAGAUGCCACUGCUGCUGCCCGGCCACUUAUCUGCUGAAAACUUGUGGUAACUUAGCAGGGAUGGUCUCUGCAUGCUAUUUAUGUUGAGUG